CUCUGCGGACGCGCUCAAGGAAGGAGCCAUGGCUAAAGGGAUAGGGGUCCGGCAGGCCGCCCCCAGGCGAUGGGCCUGCUCCUUCGCUGCUCUGUCACUGCUGUGCCUAGCUGUCCAAGCAGUCCAGAAGGCGGACCUCAGCGGAGAGCCCACGGUGGCUACCAUCAACCACUCCCUGUCCUUGCUGCAGCGGCUGCAAGAGCUCCUGCACAACGGGAACGCCAGCGACAUCACCCUGCGGGUGCGCACGGCUGGCUCGGAUGAAAUCAAGGUCUUUCACACCCACCAGCUGAUGCUCAGCUUGCAAAGUGAAAUCUUCGAGAGCCUCCUGCACAACCAAACGGUGCUCACCUUGCACGAGCCGCCUGACGCUGCAGCCCUUUUUGAAAAGUUCAUCAGGUACCUAUACUGUGGUGAGAUCUCCAUACUCCUCCAUCAAGCCAUCCCUCUUCACCGGCUAGCCAGCAAAUAUCGCAUUUUGAGCUUGCAGCGAGGGGUGGCCGAGUACAUGAAGGGCCACCUGGCCAGUGAGUCAAACCAGGGCCAUGUGGUGGGCUGGUACCACUACGCCGUGAGGAUUGGUGACGAGGCUCUCCAGGAGAGCUGUCUCCAGUUCCUGGCCUGGAACCUCUCUGCUGUGAUGAGCAGUGCUGAAUGGGCCUCGGUGAGCGUAGAUCUGCUAUUGCUGUUGCUUGAACGGUCCGACCUGGUUCUGCAGACUGAGCUGGAGCUAUACACAGCAGUAGAGGAAUGGGUCGCCACACACCAGCCAGAGGACCCCAUAGUAGAGAAGAUGCUGAGAUCCCUGCGCUACCCUAUGAUUUCUCCCAGCCACCUUUUCCACCUGCAGAAGCAGUCUCCAGUGAUGGUCAAGCACUACAGCGCUGUGCAAGACCUGCUCUUCCAAGCUUUCCAGUUCCACUCUGCUUCUCCGAUCCACUUUGCCAAAUACUUUGAUGUCAACUGUAGCAUGUUCCUGCCCCGCAACUACCUCUCCACCUCCUGGGGCUCCCAAUGGAUCAUUAACAACCCAGCCCGCGAUGACCGCAGUACCAGUUUCCAAACCCAGUUGGGACCCAGCAACCAUGAUUCUGCCAAACGGGUGACUUGGAACGUCCUCUUCUCCCCACGUUGGCUUCCGGUCAGCCUGCGCCCCGUCUACUCUGACUCCGUCUCUGGGGCCAUCCAAUCAAUCCGGAUUGAGGAUGGGCGCCCUCGCCUGGUCAUCACUCCAGCCACCACAAGCUCUGACUUUGCUGGCGUCAGUUUCCAGAAGACCAUCCUGGUGGGUGUGAGGCAGCAGGGCAAAGUCUUCGUCAAACAUGCCUACAGCUUCCACCAGAGCACAGACGAAGUACCCGAUUUCCUGCUCCAUGCCGACUUGCAGAAGCGCACCUCCGAAUACCUCAUCGAUAACUCUCUGCACCUGCAUAUCAUCGUCAAGCCGGUCUACCAUUCUCUAAUCAAGGUCAAGAAGUAGAAGGGAACAGCAGGAGAAGGCAGGGCAAGAGAUUUACUGGUUUGUAUUGAAGAACAGCAACGAAUCCACCAUCCAGUACAAAACUGGCUGGCACAGGCUAUGCAUCUUGCAAUCUGUGUGUGCCAGAGUGGCCCAGAGUGCUUCUUGCACAAAAGUAACUUCUGCACCUGCAAAACUGGGGAUGCUUUUUUUUUAAAAGGAAAUUUCAACACUUAAGGUUAUGGGCGGGUGGGGUAUUCCCUUAUCUCUGUUUCUACUGCUGAUGUUUAGGUCCCUUCUGUCUUCUAUUAAGGAUCUCAGGUAGAACUGGAGAAUCUCAGUGGUGCUUUGAAUUAGGUCAUUCUCAAAGAAACUUCCCCUUAGCAAGGGCUUUGUUUUCCUUCCCUAUUUAGAAUCUGCCUUAUACACUCCAUGUCUUGCCCAUGUAGUUGUGUUCCCGUGGGAUAGAUGUAGGCACAAAAAGCAGUGCCCUGAUAGAAAACGCUCCUUGGCAUAUUGAAAUUAGUUUCUUCUAGUCAUUCUCGUGAGUUUAUGCAUCCAGAUGACCCAGCCUUCCCCCAAAUCCUCUAGUACAUUAGAUACCAGGUGGACGAAUGUUCGAGGAAAAGAAGUUGCUGUGUGAGAAGCAUCAUACCAACCAAAUUAUCUUUUUUUAUCAAUGGAAUCAUUCUUCUACACAAAUCUGAGUUGAAGCCUAGUUGUUAAGCAUUGAAAGAGGCCCUGUAGCCUUUGGUCUAUACACACAUAUGCUUCUUUUGUCCCACUAACGUAGCUGGCCAUAAAUAUUUGGGAGUUUUUUUAAACAUUACAGCAAUCUGCAAAACCUUUUCACCAGACAUGAAAGUGGGACGAGCCAUGGGCAAUGAAGUCUCUAUUAUACCAUCUUCAACACUCUGCAAAAAAAUAAAAUAAAAAAUGAUUGCUCACUUCCAAUGGUUAUUUUUCAUCAUCAGUGUCUUGCAGAUUUUGCCACAUUCAAACUGCCCUUCCUAACAAAAGAUCAAAUUCUUAAUA